GCGGGGGGCGCUGCGGGUUCCAACAAGAUGCCGCGCCUCCGCCUCUGCCUCCGCCUCCGCCUCCGCCCGCUGCAGCGCCUGGGGCAGGUCGGGAUGUUGUCACGUCCGGCGGGGCGGUUCACUGCGUCCGGGUCAGCUGCUGCUACCGCGGCGGCGCCGCUGCGGCCCGGGGACCGGGCGUGACUGUCCACCGCCGACCGAGGGGAGCGGGCUCCACUCGGCACCGCUUUCCGCGACCUGGCCGUCAGCCCGACGUCGCCGGCCUGGAGGGACGCAGAGGACGAGGGGGCCAAGGCUUCCUCCGGGGACAUUGGCUCUCUGGAUUAUCAGGAGUCUGUAGUUGACAUUGAAUCCAGGCUGAGGAUGGAAGGUGUGGAACUUAAAGAAGAAUGGCAAGAUGAAGACUUUCCAAUACCUUUACCGGAAGAUGAUAGUAUUGAAGCAGAUAUACUAUCUGUAACUGGACCAGAGAGCCAGCCUGACUCACUAGAAGUUAAUGGAAAUAAAGUGAGAAAGAAACUAAUGGCUCCAGACAUUAGCCUGACACUGGAUCCUAGUGAUGGCUCUGUUUUGUCAGAUGAUUUGGAUGAAAGUGGGGAGAUUGACUUAGACGGCUUAGACACCCCAUCAGAGAACAGUAAUGAGUUUGAGUGGGAAGAUGAUCUUCCAAAACCAAAAACUACUGAAGUUAUUAGGAAAGGCUCAAUUACUGAAUACACAGCAGCAGAGGAAAAAGAAGAUGGACGACGCUGGCGUAUGUUCAGGAUUGGAGAACAGGACCACAGGGUUGAUAUGAAAGCAAUCGAACCCUAUAAAAAAGUUAUCAGCCAUGGAGGAUAUUAUGGGGAUGGACUAAAUGCCAUUGUUGUGUUUGCUGUCUGUUUUAUGCCUGAAAGUGGUCAACCUAACUAUAGAUACCUGAUGGACAAUCUCUUUAAAUAUGUUAUUGGCACUUUGGAGCUGUUAGUAGCAGAAAACUACAUGAUAGUUUAUUUAAAUGGUGCAACAACUCGAAGAAAAAUGCCCAGCCUGGGAUGGCUCAGGAAAUGUUAUCAACAAAUUGAUAGAAGGUUACGGAAAAACCUAAAAUCUCUAAUCAUUGUACAUCCCUCUUGGUUUAUCAGAACACUUCUGGCUGUUACGAGACCAUUUAUUAGCUCAAAAUUCAGCCAAAAAAUUAGAUACGUCUUUAAUUUGGCAGAACUAGCGGAACUUGUCCCCAUGGAAUAUGUUGGCAUACCAGAAUGCAUAAAACAGUAUGAAGAAGAAAAGUUAAAAAAGAAACAAAAAAGAGUCGAUCAAGAGCUUAAUGGAAAACAAGAUGAACCGAAAAGUGAACAGUAAGUUUGGCAUCUAGCCCAAACAAGACUGAAGAAUGUGCUGAUGAAGCAAUGCUUCUUUUGCAUUUAUAAUGCACUUAUUGGCCCAUAUUUUUAUGUAAUCUGUUAGAAAAUUGACUUGACUUUUCCUAAUGGACUCAAGGGACUGUUCACUGCUGUACUGGUUUGCAAGUUAUCUUGAAUUUAGCUCGUUAAUAGCUAACUACAUUGUAAUCAUUUUAUAUUUUAUAUUGCUAAAUAGCAGAGAACCACACUUUAUAUAAAGCAGUUUUUGCAUUUGUUUAUUGAAUGAUGCAUCUUCCUCAGUAAAAUAUUUAUAUGCAUAAAGGUAAAGGAAAAAAAUAAUAUAUAUUUUUAUGUUUUUGAGCAAUAUUUUUGAAUAUGUACCUGUCUUGUGGAAAAAUGUGCAGGUAAAUAAGACCAUGAUUUUGUAAAGUGUGUAUUAGGAUUUUUGUUUUUGUAAAUGGUUAAAUACAUUUCCCGGGUAACUUCGAAAAUUAAGUUGCUCAUAAUGUGAGGGACAGUUAAACUGAUUCUCAUAAUACCCAAAGAUCAUGUACAUAAUCUAAGUAGAUUAGUACCAUCACAAGCUUCUUUCUCACUUAUAUAUUAUUAAUUCAGAAGCGCAUUGCACGCUUUUUCCUUUUUAAACUUAAAGACAAGUCAAAAGCCAUUUUUAGAACUAGAGAAUUUAAGAGGCUAGAAAUUGGGGUUUUUAUAUAUGUAUAUAUGGGACAUUUUAUCUUCUGGCCCGAAGCCAGAACUUUUAUAAAAAUCUUGAGUUUGUUCACUAAUGUGAAAUAAGCUGUGUGUCCAGGGUAUUGCUCCCCUGAAGGCGAGUGCUAUGUAGUAGUGCAGAGAAUGUGAUGAGUUCUUCACUAUCACAACUUUUUCUGUAGAAAACAGGGGCUGCUUUUUAAACUGUUCUCACUGUGGGCACUUUACCAAAUUAUUUCCAUAUCAGUUAUUUGAACUCGAGUUGUUUGAUCUAGUCAGAUAUGGUGUGUUUUCAAGUUUGUACUGAAUCAUGUUUCACAAUACUGCAAAUUAGGUUAAUUUUGUAAGUCUUUAUGUCAUUAUACUGUGUGAAGCAUAUAAACUGUUUCCUUUGUUAAAUAGCUUUACAUUGAAAUAAAUUGCUUGUGCCUCCAAACAGAGCUUAUUACCCACAAAAUCAUUCUAAAACAACAGACUGGUGUAAUAUUAUGUUACAUAUGUGAGAGAUUCUUACACAUUUAGUAAACUUAAUACUCUCCAAAUUUCAGGGUCACACUACUCUCCAACCCUUUCUGUAAGGUAUUUUGGCCUGGAGUAGCAAAAUUGAAGUGGGAUGUGAGCUAAGCUUUUAAGAUUUUUUUUCUAUUAUAAACUGAACACACACGUGGCUUUUACCAUUGCCAUUUUUUAGUAGGUUUCUGUUACAAAAGGGAAUUUUCCCUUGCUUUUUGUCCUCAGCCAUAAACUUGGUAUACUAACUCCGUAAUCCAAUUAUGGGAGAUGCUGGAGGGUUCCCAGGAUUCCUCAGCAGAUCCUGCACUAAUGUCGUUAACAGUGAAUUAAGCCAAAACCAUUAGUGCUUAUUCACAUCUUAGAAACACUUUGUGUUGAAGAAGCAAACUAACAAUAACAAUUCAGGCAUUCCUUUUGAAUUUACCAUAUAAGGAUUUUUUUAAUAGGUAGUUUUCCACCAUAUACUUGCUUCUUCAGUUUGAAAAAUACAAAGAAUAAUUUCAGCUUUUUUGUGUGUUUAUUGGUUUUUGCUUUUGCAGUCAUUGUUCCUAAUUAUAGAGACAACUUAUUGCAAAAGUGAUGCUUUUCUAAGUAUCUUUUUAAGAUAAAAGUGGCCUAUAUUCUGUUAAACAUUAAAAUUCAGAGGGAACAGUGGUAACACUUGGGAUGUGCUGUGAAUCACUAGAUUAAAAACAUAUCUGCUUUAACCUACACUUUAAUGGAAUCUGGUACAGGGAUGUGCCCAACAGUGUUUCAUAACCAUGACAGUUAAGGUCAUAACUAGUAGGUUAAAAGAAAAGCAUUUAAGUUUAUUUAUAAUUUGUAGCUAUGUAAUAUUUUCUCAUAUUAUUCAACUUGCUGUUUGAGGUGAAACUACAUAUAAUUGUACUAUUUUAUCUUUCUGCUGUGGUCAUCGAUCUGACUUGUUUAAUUUGUCACUAUUUUUUGUUACACAUAGGCUCUGGGUGCCUUUUUUACUCAGUUUUUCAUAUGAAGUGAUUUGAUUCUAUGUUCUGCUUGAUCAUAUUUCUAAGAAAGCACCAAGAGAAGAUGUUAUAUUGACCCCACAGUUUAAGCUUAAUAGUCUUUAACCCAGAGGGAUGGGUAUGAAGAAAUAGGAUUCUAAGUAGGGUCUAGCAGGGUAGUUAGAAAGAAAGAUAAAACUAGAAAGAGAAAGAAAACCUUUAAAAGGGGAUAAAGACUUAGCUGUUAUCUAAGAUGCCACUGAAUAUGUAUGUCCCUCUUAAGGGAAGUACUAUAUGUGGCAGCUGGUAACACCAUUUCUUGUAUCCAGGAGGAAAACCUACAGGCUACCUACAGAAUAUAUGAAUAAGGAGACCAUGGAUCAAAGGGGAAAAGGCUGUUAAUACAUACCUUUGCUGAGAAGUCCUACUUUCCUCUGCUUUCUUUGUCUCUUCAUACUGAAGCAAGUUUGAACAGAGGGGGUUAGCAAUUACAGUGCUUAGAUUUAAGUUUAGGAUUCAGUUAGUUCAUAUUUCACAGUUAGUAAACAUUAAUGUAGUCUUCCAAAACAGACAUCACUAUUUAGUAACUGCACUGAAUACUGAAAUCUGCUGAUUGACUGGUAUAUAUCUAUAAGUAGAAUUUCUUCAAAUGCAAUUCCAAAAUUGAAAAAGGUAAGGGAUCUGCUUUUAGAUGGAGACUUUUUAAAAUGACUCUAUAGGCAUUUCUAUUUGGCGGUUUAUGUGAAUGCUCAGGGAAUUUGGGAAAGUGUUUGAUUUAAUACAAAAGUGGCUUUUUAGAUUUUUUCAAUUGAUGGAUAAAUUGGUAUUAUGAUAUAUCACGUAGAACAGGCCAGUUUCUUGAUGAGGUUAGUAGGUUUGUAUGUAAGAUGACAGUAGCUUCAUCCUUCUUUUCCUCUGUGGUUUGAGGAAAAUUAUUAAGAUUGUUCAGUAAGAUGGGAGGAGGCAAUAGGCUGAAAAUAGAGAUUGAUACACCAUUCUAUGUUGUUUUGUGCCUGAUUUUUCCCCUAUCCUAUGGAUGUUUGAGAAAUGGAUCACAAACAGAUAUCAGAGGGAUGGAGUAAAAAGAGGAAUAAAUGUACUUAUGAGUAGACCUAUUUUGCUGUUUAAGUAGUUUAUCUUGUCACAGGGAAUAGAAAUUGUGUAGUUGGAGUUGCUGGGAGAAAGUCAAGAACUUAGACUUACAUGAGAAGGCCAACUGGUAAGGGAAGUGUGAUACUAUCUACUCAAUGUUCUAAAUGUACAAAAGAAUUACAUGAUGAGCUCUUCAUCUCCCUCUCCCCUUCCUGAGAUUCUGAAUCAGAUCAAUAGUGAGACCCAGUAAUGUAACUUUCCCUUAAAGUUCUAAAUGGUAAUUGAAAAUUAGUAUAGUAUGUUGAACAGUAAAGAGUGACACUAAAAUUUGGAUAGAACAGUUGUGACUGUAAUAGAUCUUCUAUUUAAUUUCUUAUGUUUUGAGAACUAAAUAAAAUGUGCUAUUAAAAAUUCACAUAAAGCACUUAAUAAAUCAAGCACCAGAUGAAGAUCAAGAGUUUAGUGCUUUCAUUAAAGAAUGAUAUUAAGAUUUUUUGUUUCAAAUAGUGGAUUUUAAGACAGUCUACAAGAGGGGAAAACAUUUGCAUUUUGAAAUUUUUAUGCAUUUUUCCAUUCAGUUUGGCUAUGGAGGAACUUGGAAAAUAACAUUAUCAGCUACUCCACUGUUUGCAUACAGACCUUCUAAAGUUUAAUGUUCCUUGAACAGUUGGUUCAUUGUUUAUUUACAUAAACCUAGCUAGUACAUAUUGGUGGUGUUCAGGGCCACUGACUUGCACAGCCCUUGGGGCACUAGUCACAUAGAACACAAUUCAAAGUUUGUUGACACUAAUGCACUUUGGUAUGCAUUUCAAAAAUAUUUUUGUUACCACAAAUUCACAUGCUGUCAGUUAAAACAAAAUUACUGUACUGUGAUCAUUUUACUACUAUUAUUAGGAUGAUGCUGCCUAGUCUAGUACUGUCAUUUUACAGUGUUAGAAAUUUAGUUCUGAUGUGUGUGUGUGCAAGAUGUUGAUGUGGUCCCUGUAAGAAAUACUAGGGUUGGUCGUGAUUUACUAAGGAGAUGUAAUAUAUUUUCUUUUCCUUUGACCUGUUAGGAAUACAAUAACUUGUCUUGAUUUGUUGCACAAAGUUUUGCAACGUUAAUGAAUUUAAAUAAAUAAAUUGGAAAACUUG